AUGGAUGAUAUAUCAGUUAUGGAUGAAUCCAGUUCAGAUUCAAGUGCUUUGAAUUGCCCUCCACCCAUGCCUACACAAAAACGGCAGAAUUUAAUUUGUAGUAAUUGUAAUACUACGAUUACUACGCUUUGGAGAAGAAAUCAUAAUGGGGAACCUGUCUGCAAUGCUUGUGGCCUCUAUUAUAAAUUGCAUCACAUAGCCCGACCUCUAACUAUGAAGAAACAAACUGUCCAAACAAGGCAAAAAAUAAUAUUUUUAAUUUUAACAAUUCAUUUAUUAAAAGAUAAUUUUUAA